AUGGUUGCCGAUUCCCUCGUCUACCACCCCUCCGUUGCACAUUACCUCAAAUUCGUCGGCACGACUGUCGGUCGCGACAAGCUCCUUCGAACCCUCCAAUACUUCUCGCGAUUCUACGCCUGGUACCUCUUCCGCACCAAUGGUAGUCCCAGCGAAAUCGCGCCCUUCGAGACCAUCAAGAAGCAAUUCGGGCUCGCGCGCAAACUACUGCGCUUCGGCAAGUUUGUAGAGCAUUUCAAAGCCGCGGCGGUUGCUGCCGAUAGCAAGAGUCUCGAUCCAGUCAUCAAGUACUGUGCGGUGGGCCGACAGUUGGGAUACGCUGGAUACCUGAGUUUUGAUGCUGUGACUGUUCUUGAUGCUGCGGGGAUCCGGAAGUUUGAGGCUGCGAAGAGGUUUCAGAGGGAGGCGUAUAAGUGCUGGGCUGUGGGACUAUUUUUCAGUACUGUGAGCGGGUUGUAUUCGCUUUACAAUUUGAGAGUGCAGACGUCCAAGAUUGAUAAGGAGGAUGGAGAGGGUGUUGUUGCUGCUAAGAGGAUUGAGAAGGAGCGUGCUGCUCUCAACCUUCAACUUCUUUCCGACCUCUGUGAUCUGACAGUUCCUACGACCGCAAUUGGAUUGGCAAACUUUGAUGAUGGAUUGGUUGGUUUGGCUGGAACCGUGAGCAGUUUGAUUGGAGUCCACAGUGCGUGGAAGAAGACUGCAUGA